GAGAUCUGCGGCUCUUCGGCAUUUUAGCCCAGCAGGUCAGCGCGCGGAGGAGCGGAAUGGACGAGUUCCCUUACCCCCUCACCGUGGAGGGACCCUGGCCCGCUACCUCCACCAAAACUCUCACUUACAAACUCCAGAUUUACUUUCAGAGCAGAAAGAAGUCUCAGGGUGGAGACUGCGAGGUGAAGAUCUGCGAGCAGAGCGGAAUCGCUACGGUUUUUUUCGAAUCAGAAGAAACUCGUGAUCAGGUUCUGGCUAAAGGAAACCAUUCCAUAAAUAUUGCAAAACAGGUGGUGAAACUGAAGGUGUUCAAACCUAGUGAUGCAGAAAAUCAGACAAAAGCAGCCAGUGGAGCAGUUGCAGCAGAAAGUGAUGUGGUGGCUAGCUUUCAGCAAACAGUUGGUGCUGAGGAGAGUCAGAGUGACCCAAUGGAUGAAUCUUCUAAGGAAUGUUUAGCAUAUCCUCCACAGUCCAGUGCUGUGGUCCUGGAAAAACUGCCAAUCCACUUUUCCAGAGAUACGCUUGUGCUUUUAGUGGAGAACAUCAGUGAUCUCCUAGAAGACGAGUUUGGCCUAGAGAUAAUCGUGGAAUCAAACUGUGCUGUUGUGACCUUUAAUAACCCCAGUGUUUCUGAGAAAUUUCUGAUGGAGAGCAGAAACAAUAAAAAAUUCCAGCAGUAUGGUAUUGUAGGUCGUGCUUUGGAAAAUAGCAGAAGAAUUAAAGUGGAAAGUUUGCCUAACCAGGCCUCUAUUAAAGAUAUACUAGAACUUUACUUUGAAAAGUGGGGUGGAGCAGUGGAGACCAUCACCAUGAUUCCAGAGGAGCAAAGUGCCAUUGUCACUUUUCAUAGCCAUGACGGUGUACAGAAAGUUCUGGGGAAAGAACACAAUGUUGGCCAGACUUCAGUCAACGUGUACCCAUAUUUCAUGUCUUUGGGUACAGCCUUGUAUGGCAAAGACAGACCAACAUGGAGUCUGCCCAAACCGUUCACAGAGAAGAUCCAUCCUGCUCUAAAUCAGUUCCUUCAUCAGAAAGGAUUAAUAUCUUCCAUCUGUGAUCAGAUGAGCUCUUAUUUCUGUGAGCUAAACAUGGACAAAGCUGAAGUCCAGAUCAGCCCUCUCCCUACUCUUCUAAAGCAGAAAGGUUUUACCAAGACACACAUAGAUGGCUGGAUGAAAAAUGCUCUACAUGGAUUUAGAACCAUUCUUUCCAAUUAUGCUGUUUUUGAGCAUGCGGUGAUGCCUUCUAUGUCAACUACAGUAGAGAAGGACAUCCAAUCCAUAGUGAAAGACAAAGCUUUCAUGAUAAUAGAUAGUGGACUUUUGAUGUUGGCAGGAAUGGCUCAAGAUAUUAACUUGUUGAAGCCAAUUUUGGAUGAUUUUUUGAAGAAAUCAGUCAGUCAGAUGGAACGGGAAAAGAACACUGUCUCAGACACCUUGGAGAUAUCUGCUGCCAUGUUCUCAUUGCUACUGCAGGAAGGUUUUAAACACAAGGCUUUGGCCAAAUACCCAGAACUAAAACUCACACACAAAAAAGACUCCAAUCAGUUAACAUUGCAGGGUCUUUCUGUUGAAAUUGUUGACAUAAAAAACUGGAUAAUUGAAAAGAGAAUUAGCGUAAAAAUGAAGUCACUGAACAUGGAUGCUUCAUUGCUUGAGUUCUUGAGGUCAGCUGACUGUGAUGAGAUGUCUCAAGAUUUAUUCCUUUCCAAAGGAAUUAGCUCAGUCUACAAAGUUGAAAAUGGAGAUGUCGUAUUAAUGGGAAGCACAGACUCUGCACUGUCUGAGGCAGAAAAGCAACUACAAAGGACUCUUACAUCCAGAACUCUGUCUUUGAAGGACCAAGGUGUGCUUGAAAAGCCUGAAUGGCAUUCUCUUAGAAACCAACUGUUUGACAUAUACAACUCCACCAGAAAGAAAACUGUGGUUAUUACAACCUCACAGAAUGGAGAUACACUUGUAGUUUCAGGUUUUAAGGAUCCAGUCUCAGACGUUAGCCAGAACCUGGAGAUGUUUAUUAAUGAACACUCAAAAAUCUUCAGUCUGCCAAAACCAUUCACAGAGAAGAUCCAUCCUGAUAUCAGAGAAUUCCUGCACAAGAAGGGAUUAAUAUCUUCCAUCUGUGAUCAGAUGAGCUCUUAUUUCUGUGAGGUAAACAUGGAUAAACCUGAAGUCCAGCUCAGCCCUCUUCCUACACUUCUAAAGCAGAAAGAUUUAACUAAGAGGCAAGUGGACAGCUGGAAGCAAAAUGCUAUUGAUGGCUUAAAAAGUAUUCUCUCCAAUUAUGCCGUUUUUGAGCAUUCAGUGACACCAACUUUGUGGUCUACAGUAGAGAAAGACAUCCAAUCAAUAGCGAAAGAUAAUACUGUUUUGAGGUUGAAUAAUGAACUCUUGACACUGGCAGGAAUGGCUCAGGAUAUUGAGUUGCUGCGACCACUUUUGGAGGAUAUUUUAAAGAAAGCACUGACUCAGAUGGAAAGGAAUAAGAACAUUAUCUCAGACAGCAUGGAGAUGUCCCCCGCUAUGAUCUCAUUGCUUCAGCUUGAAGAGUUACAAUCUAUUGCUGCAGAAAAAUACCCAGAGCUAAAAUUUGCAAACUCAGACAAUCAGUUAACAUUCCAGGGUCUUCCAGUGGAAAUUAUUGAUGUGAAAAGUUGGAUCCUUAAGAGGAAAUUAAGCAUUAAACAGAAGCCUCUGAACAUGGACGCUUCAUUGCUUGAGUUCCUGAGAUCAGCUGACUGUAAUGAGAUGUCUGAAGAUCUAUUCACAUCCAAAGGAAUUAGCACAGUCUAUAAAGUUGAAAAUGGAGAUGUCAUAUUAAUGGGAAGCACAGACUCUGCUCUGGCUGAAGCAGAGAAGCAACUUCAAAUGAUGCUUACAUCCAGAACCUUGUCUUUGGAGGACAAAGGUAAGCUUGAAAAGCCAGAAUGGCGUUCUCUCAGGAACAAUUUGAUUGACUCAUACAACUCAUCCAAGAAGAAAACUGGGAUAAUAAUACCUUCAGGAAACAAAGACACACUGGUAGUUACUGGCUUUAAAGAUCCAGUUUCAGAAGUCAGCAGUAACUUGGAGAUGUUCAUUAAUAAACACUCAAGAAUCGAAAAAGUAAUUCGUGUCAAGUCUUGCGCUGUGCUGAAAUUCAUUAAUGAGAAAAACUCUGAGGCUUGGGCAAAAUUUGUGAAGCCCAAUGAGGUGAAAGUACAUUUUGACCCAAGAAGACCAUUGAUCAAACUGUCUGGGGCGCGUGUACAUGUCCAACCAGUCAUGGAGAACUUCCAGAAGAUGGCCCAAUCUCUCCACACCGAUACACUGACAAUAAACAAGGCAGGUGCUAAGAAGUACUUUCAAGAGCAAGAAAACUUGUUCCUGAUAAUGAUAAAGGAACACAGAUUUGUGGUCGUUCUUGCGGAAGGUGACAUGCUGGAAGAGGAUGAAGAAGAUGAAGAUAAUUAUGACAGUGGCAGACUGGAAGAUUUUGGACAGCUGUCCUGUAAGGUCCAAAUGCCUGAUGGGGUUACCAUCACAGUCAGAAAGGCUGAUAUCUGUAAGUUCAAAGUAGAUGCUGUGGUCAACGCUGCCAAUGAAGACUUAAAGCACAUUGGUGGUUUGGCUUUGGCACUCCUAAGAGCUGCUGGACCAAGUUUACAAGAGGACAGUGAUCGAUACGUAGCUAGAAAUGGACAGGUGCAACCUGGUAAUGCCAUCACUACUGGAUCAGGUCGUCUUCCAUGCAAAUAUGUGUUGCAUGCUGUUGGUCCCCGCUACUCAGAUACUGACAAGUUUACAGCAGUGAGACGACUGAGGCAGGCUGUGAGGGAAAGUUUGAAACAAGCUGUGGAAAACAAGUGCUCCUCCAUCGCAGUCCCAGCCAUCAGUUUAGGAAUAUUUGGCUUUCCUCUGGAACUCUGCUCUGAAACAAUUGCCAAGGAGCUGUAUGCAUACGUUGAAGCCCAGAGCCAUCAAUGUGGCAGGAGAAUAACUGAGAUUCAUCUGGUGGACAAUAAUGCCAACACUGUAAAUGCCAUGGCUCAGGCUAUUAGGAAGGAAUUUGCAGAUUUUAUCCCCAAAUUGACUUUGACACAGCAAACACAAUCUGAUGGGGAUGGUAAUGGUGGGCACGGUAAUCGUGGCAAGAAUUAUUGGAGUCGAGGUGCUUAUGGACAUCAAAUUGCUGGGCCAUGGAGUAAAGAACAAAAGGAUUACAGAGCAAAUAAACCCAUAGAGAUUCAAGCACGAGGAGCAUUUAGACGACUAAAGUCACACCAGUUGUCUCAUGACUUUAGCAGGUCAAGGCCUCUUGAAACGCAGUCCACCCAAGAAGGACUUAGAAUCAUUCAAAGAAAAGGGAAUAUCCAGGAUGCAGCUGUAAGUCUCUUUGGCGUGGUUUCCACUCCUACUCUUGGAGUGCACAGAGUCCAGGUGGGGCAUCUGACUCUUGAGGUAUCGUCAGGUGACAUCACCAAAGAGAGAACUGAUGCCAUCGUAAACUCCUCCAACUCAUCGUUCACUUUGAAAGCAGGAGUCUCCAAGACGAUUUUAGAUGCUGCGGGAUCAACAGUGGAACUGGAAUGUGCACAGAUUGUCCAGCGAAGUCUACUUCAACAAAAUGAAUUGAUAGUGACCUCUGGAGGACGUCUCCCAUGCAAACACAUCAUCCAUGUCAUAGGCCGGAACAAUGCUGCAGCCAUCAAAGAUGUUGUUUACUCCGUCUUGAAGUUGUGUGAGACACAAAAGUUCUCAUCUGUUGCCUUUCCAGCCCUUGGCACAGGCCAAGGUGGGAUAAGUGCUUCUGCUGUUGCCGACGCCAUGAUUGAUGCCGUGGUUGACUUUGUAAAGAAGAAAAAAGGACAGCAUUUACAGAGUGUGAAGUUCCUGAUAUUCCAGACGUCCAUGGUGCCAGAUUUCCAUCAGACCAUGCUUAGAAGGCAGCAGGAGAGUGUUGAGGAGGAAACUGGUGUGCUCAACUGGAUAAAAGGAAAAUUUGAGGCUGUGACCAGCAUAUAUUAUGGCGGCAAUUCAGAGUCCCCUGCAAACGAGGAAUUUGAGAUGGUGGAGGAGGAGUUUGAGCCGGCUGUGUUCCAGCUGUGUGGAGAGAGCCAGCAGGACCUGAAUGAAGCCCGAGAACUGAUCAACAGCUUCAUUGUGAAGGAGCAUAACAGUUCAACUGUCCGGGACUCUGCGAUCAACCAUUUCACCAGGGAGGAUGCUGAGAUUCUGUCCAAUCUGCAACGAGAACUCACGGUCAGCAUCCAGCUGAACAAGAGCGGCCCAGAACCGGUCAUCACUGUGGAGGGCCUGACCCGGGACGUGAUGAAGGUGGAGAGCAUCAUCCGGGACAUGAUCCGAAAAGUGGAGAAGAACGAGUCUCGUAAGCGCGAGGCCUUCAUGGUCGGCAGCAUGGUAGAGUGGCAGUAUCUGGACAGCAGGAAAAAGCUCAUACCUUUUGAUUAUCUCACUAACUAUGACUUGGAGGAAGCCUUCGGACAAAAACAACCUCGCAUAAAGAUUAAGAUCAACAAUGAGCCAUAUGAGGUCAACAUAGCCCAAAGAACUGCUGUUGGAAAACACCAAAGGAUUGAAUUGAAGAGGGUUGAUCGGAGAGACAAAACCUCUGUGCCUCUGCCCAGUCACUGGGAGGACAUGAAGGGGAGCUUUGUCAAACUGGUUCAAAUUCAACCUGGCACCCAGGAAUACACAGAUGUGGAAAAUGAGUUCAGGAGAACUGGACUGAACAAUACAAUUCUUGAAAUUGAGAGAGUCCAGAACAGCACAUUGUGGAGGAGCUACAUGAUCCAGAAAAAUCACUUGGACGAAAAGAACAAGCACAAAAACAAUGAGAAGAAGCUUUUCCAUGGCACUGGAUCUAAUAAUAUUGAUAAGAUCGACAAACAAGGCUUCAAUCGGAGCUAUGCUGGGAUGCACGGUGCCAUGUACGGGAAUGGUGCAUAUUUUGCUGUUGACCCAAAUUACUCCCAAGGCUACGCAAAGCAAGACCGACUUGGUCAUAAGCGCAUGUAUCUGGCCAGAGUUCUGGUUGGUGACUACACCACAGGGAAGGUGGGUCUUUUUUCACCUCCAGCCAAGAGCUCCAGUGCCACAGAUUUAUAUGACAGUGUGACGGAUAAUCAUCGAAACCCAUCCAUGUUUGUGAUCUUUCACGAUGUGCAGGCAUACCCAGAAUACCUAAUCACAUUUCAGUAGGUGUGGGUAUUUUUCUUUUUUUGUAACUUGUAUACAUAAAUUUUAAUAUUAACUGUGGGUGAAAUCUAAUAGUAUAUUUUGGAGAAUAUUCAUCUAGUCUUUUUAUUCAUAAAGCUAAGGUUUUUAUUUUUUCUGUGGUUUCAGUAACAACUUGUGCAAUAAUUAGCACUGAUAUCAUAUGUGACUAUGCUGGUGAUCUCUGAUCACUGAAUGCCUUAAUCACUGAUUAGUGGUGUAAUUCCUUGUACCAUUCUGUAAUUGUGCUAUGCAAUACUUCACAUCUCCACAAGAGAGCAGGGAACACAAAUGCAAGAUCAUGAACUGAAACACUAAGUUUAAGCAAUUUUGGCUUUUCCUGUACUACGAAUUCUCUGGUUAUUUUAUUAAAUGUGAGUUUCUCAGAUUUUUCAGAAAUUUAUUAAAAAACGUCAUUCAAAGAAUCAGAGUUUGUUUGGCACAGAGUUCUUCAUUUUAAAGUCUGUACCUAAACAUACAUUUCUCUGUGGUUUUGAACUAAAGCACACAUCUGAAAACUUCAGUUUCUUUAAAUACUCCAAACAUUACACCAAAUUGAUAUAAAUACACUAAGACCUGUCUCUGCUGUCUUUGUUGCAGUUUGGAAUGCAUCAGGGCACUUCAUAGUUUAGUUUAGUUUAAAUAUCUGAGACCCACCAGGGGACUUUAUAGUAUGUUUCAAAAUGUUAAUGAUAUAAUUAAACUGUAGUGAUUGCUUCAAUGUUGUCUGAGAAAGAGAUUGCACAAUAAAAUGCUGAAAUAAACACA